GAAGAAGAAGAAUCAAACCACAGGCGCGUUAUUUGUAACGUUUACCAGCCGAGCUGUAACGUUACCUUCGUUACCGAAGUAACGUUACCCUCCUCUCUCGAAACACCGUGAAACAUUACGUCCUGCGUGAUUAAACAAAGAACAACAACUCAUUUCUUUAAAUGCCACUAACGUUACUUCCUCUGUUGCUAAUAGUGACAGCAGCUCAACAACGUCGCCAGUCGCGUUAACUCCGAUAAACUGUCCACAAUGGAGGACAGCUCGUCCUGUUCGUCGAUGGUGAGCGGCCUCUCUCAGGUGUCCUUCCUCCAGAGGACGCUGGAGCGGCUAUCCUCCACACAGUGCCUGAAACUACAGCCAGAGGAGGCGGCUCCUGUGGCUGUCAUUGCUCUCCAGAGGUAUUUAUCUGAGCUAACGGAGGGGCAGCAGCAGGGGGGGCAGCAGGGGCAGUCCGACAGCUACAGCUACGAUGUGACGGUCACUGACGGAGUGUGGAGAGCCAAGUGCUUUGUCCACCCUAGUUUGAACCACCUGGUGCACACAAACACCCUGAGGACCGGGGCGGACAUCAGCAUCACGCAGUGCACGUAUGUUUAUAAUGAGAAAAGACUGGGGCAUGGUUACAUUUGCGUUGAAAAGCUUGGCUGUGGUGUUGGGAGGUCCGCUGUCCUGGCCCGCAUAAAGGAUGUCAGCUCACUGCCCAUACUGGUCAAACAUGGCAUGGAGAGGAGUGUGGUGCUGCAGAGUGAUGUUCCCCUUCAGGUGAGCCGCAAACACUACCUGUCUCUGUGGAACAACGACGACCCUGAGGGAGACAUCUGGACCUCAGGGUCUCCUUCAUCUGACACAGUGCUGGACGUGUCCAAGAUUACUCUUCUUUCUAGUCUGGAGUCAUCCUUUAGAAACACAUGGAAAUCUCUCCCUCUCCUCGUGAAGAUAAUACACAAAUCCAGAUUACGCUAUUAUGGGAAGUUUGGCCUCAAGAUUGAUUACCCUUAUCAGGCAUACUUUGAAGUUGCUGACCAGAGCGGGACAAUGUCCCUUGUGCUGUGGAACGAACUUUGUCCAGAGUUUUACCAGAGACUGAAUGUGGGAACAGUGUUGUACCUCCAGAAUUACACCCUGAAGCAGAGUUACUCAAACCGCUCACACCCACAAAUGGACCAUCACAGAAUGAAGACCUUCAACUCUGUAGAAAUCUGCCUGAACCCUCGCAACCCAGCUUCAGUCAUCACUGUGGUCUCGCCGAAGAGUGUACUGCCUCAGUGGGGAUUGCCUGAGGUUUCCUACCAGUUCACCACCAGGUCAGAGUUGGAAAAACAAUCCAACAGUUUUGCAUGUGAUAUCAUAGGUCUGGUAACGUUUGUUGGCCGCGUUGAAAGAGUGAAGAGUAAAGGGAACAAGGGUCCAGAAAAAUACUGGACGUAUCGCUGGAUCCAUGCAGUGGAUGGAACAUCUGACCAACCAUUUAUCCUGGAGGUUUUUUCCUCUUCUCAACCAGAAAUCUUCAGUCGUAUCUGCCCGAUGACCUACCUGGUAUGCACUCAGAUGAGAGUUUGUCGAGUGGAAGGCUCAUUGCCCUACCUCACAAGCAGCUGCGAGACAGAGACGUUCAUCACAGGCUACCACAAAGGUCAGCCAUAUGUGAGUGACCCCAAAGUGAAAAGCUUCAUCCAGUGGACCAAAACUCUGAAGGACAACAUAGUCCUCCAGAAGACUGCGGUUGGUGGUCACUACUGUUACCCUAGCCCCCCGCAAAAAUGUACCCAGUCGAUGGCAGAUGCCUCAGCUCCCCUGGUUUCUGCGGCUGACUUGAAAAGGGAGUUAGAGACCCUGCAAUACAGGGAACAUAAAAGACUUGCAAUUCAAGGACAGAUCACAGCAGUACGCUACAUGAAAAACCCGAAGUCCACAGAGUCUGAAACAACAGAAGAGAAAGAGGUGCCCGGUGUUUCUGCUGAUGCCUGCGAACAAGCUGUACCUGACACACACAAAGAUCCCUCAACAGCUAAGCGGACUUUGGAGGCCAGUUUAACUCCAUCUGUAAAGAAAACCUUAGCAAGUAGAGGGAAGAGAAGAAUUCAGAUGGACACCACACAGUCCUCCUUGAAUCGCGGUAGCGUUCCAGCAAAAAGGAGGGCUGGACAUAAAAAUACAGAGGAAGCACAAGAGCAGGCAGAAGAAGAGAGUGACUCUGAAUCUGAAGAGGCUCAGGAUGUGGAGUCUCACUUACAGCUGCAUCAAGACUCUGAUGUGUUAUCCUGGGAAAGCAGCAGUUGGCUGAAGCAACGACAAGAAGCGUCUGAACAUUUGUGUCAGGGUGGUCUGUACCAGGGCAGCUUCUCUCGGAGGUUCACGUUUAACGAAAAGGAUGUCCUUCUGCAGUGGAGUAACCUUCAGCCAACGCACUGGGCACCGGAGCAAACCGCUGACAGCAUCUCACCUGUGGUUUGUCCAGGAUACUACCAAGUAACAAUAUUAGGUAUAAACAAGCAAAUAGCCGUUGAUGCCGCAUAUCUUCCUGUUGUGAGCUCAGAUAUGCCCAGAGCUGUAGGGCUUCCUCGGAAUCCCCAUGGCAACACAAUGCUGUCCUGCCUUUCAUCAGGCUUCCUCUGCCCUCUUACCGACUCUGCCAGCCACAGUGAAGCAACACUUCCUGAGCCAGAGGAGAUCUUAAGGACUGCCAGUGAACUGGAGGACAUGCAUGUCAUGUGCAUCUUGGACCUCUGUCAUCUGGGUGGAGAUAAGGUGGAGGUACUGAUCAGCAGGUUGUACAGAGUGACAGAGAUUUGUCUCAACUAGAACAUGCAGAAGAGCACAUGUUCAGUUGUGUGACUUUGUAAUUAUUAUCAGUGUACAUUAAUCAUGUAAUUAGACAGUUAUUUUGGAUAGAAAGAGAAGAAACUUAGUCCACUUUUUUAAGACUAUAAUUUGAUACCUGUAAAUUCUCUUAUCAGUUUCUCAUGUACAGUAAAUGUCACAUAAUAGUUUAAAUAAUGCGUAAAUCUUUCAAAGAGUAAAAUGUUUAAUGGCUAAU